AUGUCCCGCAGGAAAUCGAAAAAGCGCAAGAGCACCAAUACAAUGGUAAAGCAUAAAGGAGUCCCAAUUGAGAAAGAAAGUUCACCGUCGACCCGAGACCGGCCUUAUAUCACACGCAGCGUAUCUCAUCGUCUCUCUCAACCGAAAAGAGACAAGCGAACCUCGACGCUCUGUGUGCUUAAAGGAGACGAGAUCCUGAGCUUUCCAGUUAACGAAGAUCGCAUGAACAGAAUAUGUCCUCCGUGGCGCCAAUUCGAACUUCUGGGCGGACGCAAAAGGAUGGCCGACACCAAUGGCAUGGACUUCAGGAAUGAGAGGGCUAAGGACGCUCUCCGAAUAGUCUUGGAAAUUGUCCAUGGCAAAGAAGUGGUGGACUAUGAAAAUUCCAGCCCUCGCCUUCUAUUCUACAUACUCGAAGUUCAUGCCUGGUUGGGACAUCCGAAAGCCACUUACAGCAGUGGUAUGGAUCCAAAAAUGGUUGGAACUCAAGGAGCGCAAUUCUCUCCUUUUUUUCACAAGGACGCCAUCUCAGGGUGUAUCUUUGACAUGGCAAAAAAGGCUACGUACUUGUACCGGGUGAAAGACUGGCUGCUUCUGGCUCUCGUCGCCGAAAAGCUAAGACUUCACGACGUUAUGCAAUUGGUCCUCGACAACUUAUGCCUUUUCUGCAGAGCUGGUAAGAGGGAGUUGCCCGAAGAGGCAAGGGAUUGCAUCAAGGAUAAGGAUUGGGCCAGGAUACAGGACCUCAGACUUAUUGACAAGAACUUGCUGAACAAGCGUGAGUUUUAUGUCGACAAAAUCUUCAAGGGGCUACGUCUUCUUUCCCACCAAGUCCUCUAUUUUGAUGGAGGCAUUCUUCCCAACGAAAAGAUCUUCAAUACCUAUCAAGACUAUAAAGUUGCAGCAUGUUCGUACUGUAGAUCGCUUUCGUCUGACGAAUUUCAUCGGGAACUCAUUUCAGCGCAUCUAUGGCCGCUGUGCGCUGAGACUUACAGAGAGCGCGUCAUCGAUCUACUUCACGUAAUCAGGGAUAUGGAAGAAAGGACUCUUGUUGGAAGAAAUUGCAACCAGUUAACCCAUCUUUACGAUCACCUACGACGGAUGUGUACCGAGUCGGAGCGUUAG